AUGUACAACAGGAAGUUUAUUUCCCAUUCACAUGACUCCUGUUAACUGAAGUUGUGAUUCAACCUCUCUCAAAAGGACUGCAUGAUGGCAAGCAACAAAUUCAAGAUCGUGGUGCAAGGAGAAGCAUCUGAAACUGAUUCUGAUGACGAGGUUUACAUUACGUCCCUGACUCCAGUACACCCAUCUGCCUCAGGUCUCAAAGUUCCCGGGGAAGCAUCGGAGACGGACAGCGAAGGGGAAGUUGAGAAAGCCUGCAAGGUCGCGUAUGCUGUCAGCUCUGAAAAUGUGCAAUCUUUGCGCUCGGAGUUACCUCCACUUAUUGUGGUGAGAUCCACGCCUGAUUUCGCACCAGUCCCGGAGAAGGAAUCCUUGAUGAGGCUGGAAUUGAGCGGCCAAGAGAGCUCUCUCCUCCAACAGAAGCUCCAAGAAAGCAACGGACGCCUUUGCACCGAUGUGUCACAGACUUUUCGACAGGUUUACCAGAACGCUACUAAGGACGUACGGCUGGCCACUGCAAGCCUCAACACCUCCCAAAGCGGCAUAAUUAAUGCUUCUCACAGCAUCCGUCUCAUUCUGGAGGAUCUCAAGUCUGUCUCUGAAAAGAUUGAAAUUAUUACGAGUUGUAAUCUUCUUCCUGAUAUCACAAUACCAGCAUCUGUGCCAGGACAAUAGUGUUCAAUGCAUUUCCUUUACAGUUUUUUUUUACCCGAUUAACUGCCCUUUACUGGACCGCGAAAUGAAUGGCAGACAAUUCUAAGUAAUGGGAUGCACAAGUGAGCUAAAUGCCAUUGAUCUGAUUGUCUUGCUGUCUAUAAUUCACACAGAUAUCUUGAAUGGACAGUGCUGGUUAUGCAUAGGAGGCAGACCCUACUGUCUAUGCUGGGUUGAUCUUUAUUUAUGUGAUCAGAGGCAUAUAUACA